AAGAGAAGCAAGAAAAAAGAAGGUGAUGGAGAGGGUGAAGGAGAGGAAGAAACCAAGGGACCAACAAAGAUGCCCCAAGAGAACUUGUUUGGAGACAUAGAAGAAGAAUUUGGAGUUAACAAAAUCUGUCGGACACAGUCUGGUAGAGCCAGAGUCACAAAAGGAGCCGAGGGUAACUUUGUGAAAAUAAACCUGAAGAAGAAAUCUCAUGUCAAAGGCUAUGCCCUGAGAGGGAUCGCUCUGCGCAGACAGUUGUACAUGCAGAAGUUCCAGCUGAAGGGAGAGCGUUUCGGUGGAGGUGGUGGAUAUUUUGGCAGAGGAAGAUGGGGGGGCUUCAGAGGGGGUUUCAGAGGGGGCCUCAGUCGACAGGGUGACACCUGCUACAAAUGUGGAGGGACCGGACACUGGGCUAUUGACUGCAAAGGACGAGCCCCUCCACCUCCUGUUGCUGACGAUAAGGCGGCUGAGGAGGAGCCGUUUGAAUUGCCCACCCUGGAGGAAGUUGCCAGGGCAACUGGGACGCUACAACCUCAGCCACAGGUGGCAGCAUCCACUUUUAAAGAGGAGCAGCAUGAUCAGGAAAAGGAAGUGGACAGUAAGCGUAAAGAUGAAGUGCUGCUGAAUGUGAUUCGCCCUGAUUAUGAACGACCUCCUCCUCCACCACCCAUGGAACCGCUUUAUGAGCUCGCAGAGGAUGGAAAAGUCCAGGAAACACCUGAAGAUGUUUAUUCGGCUCUAAGAGAUCUUGGCUAUCAGUCAUUUCGACCAGGACAGGAGGAAGCCAUCAUGAGGAUCCUGUCGGGUCUGUCUACGCUCGUAGUGUUAUCAACAGGGAUGGGCAAAUCGUUGUGCUACCAGCUCCCAGCUUACCUCUAUGCUCAGAGAUCCAAAUGCAUCACUUUGGUCAUAUCACCUCUCGUCUCUCUAAUGGAUGACCAGCUGUCUGGCCUGCCAGCCAAGCUGAAGGCGGCCUGUAUCCACUCCAAUAUGACAAUGAAACAGCGAGAAGCAGCGAUAGAAAAGGUGAAAUCAGGCCAGGUAUGUCUGCUGCUGCUCUCUCCAGAGGCCCUAGUUGGGGGAGGAGGUUCAGGUUCAGGGUGUCUUCCUUCUGCUCAGGAGCUCCCUCCUGUGGCCUUCGCUUGUAUAGAUGAAGCUCACUGUGUCUCAGAGUGGUCCCACAACUUCAGACCCUGCUACCUAAGACUCUGCAAGGUAUUACGAGAGCGUCUGGGAGUACGAUGCUUGCUAGGACUCACAGCUACAGCCACUCUGUCCACUGCUCUGGACAUUGCUAAACAUCUGGAAAUCAGUGAUCAAGCCGGCAUUGCUGUCAGAUCUGCAGCUGUGCCUCCAAACCUGAAUCUUUCUGUGUCCACGGAUAGAGAAAAGGAUCAGGCUUUAGUCUCCUUGUUGAAAGGUGAUCGGUUUGGUUGUCUUGACUCGAUCAUCGUCUACUGCACCAGAAGAGAGGAGACGGUGCGUGUGGCGGCACUUCUCCGAACCUGCCUUCAAGGGGUGCUGUUAAAAGAAAACAAGAAGAGCAGCAGCAGCAGCCAGUCAGAAAACAAUCCUGUAGGGCAGAGAAAGAAAGAACUGGCUCGGAAGAAGAUUCGUAAACCGCUGAAAUGGCAGGCUGAAUCGUACCACGCCGGCCUGUCGGGGUCAGAGCGGCGACGCGUGCAGAACAACUUCAUGUGCGGAGAGCUCAGAAUCGUGGUGGCCACAGUGGCAUUUGGCAUGGGCCUGGAUAAAUCUGAUGUUCGUGGUAUCAUCCAUUACAACAUGCCUAAGAGCUUUGAGAGUUACGUUCAGGAAAUUGGGAGGGCAGGAAGAGAUGGAGAGCCAGCUCACUGUCACCUUUUCCUGGACCCGGAGGGUGGAGACCUCCAUGAGCUCCGUCGCCAUAUCUACGCAGACACAGUGGACUACUAUACGGUGAAAAGACUGGUGCAGAAAGUUUUCCCAGCUUGCAAAUGUAAACAGAUACACCAGAAACAGCAGGAACUCUUCAAGGAUGUUGAAGACUUUGAGCUGUUGGAGGUGAUGGAUGUGUGCGAUCAGGAGAGCAGCAUGAAUUCUUCUGCUCAACAAGACAUGUCAGACAAAGAUGAAUCACAACCUGCUGCUGCACCUGUAAGUAAAGAACGAAAUGAGGAUGAGAUGAAAAAACAGACAGAAGACCAGAGAGAUAACCGGGAGAGGGACCAAGAAGAGGAGCGCAGUGAUUGGCCUAGGGAGCGAGUCUGUCACACGCACGAACGAGCGAUUCCCAUCCAAGAGACCGUCGAGGCUCUGGACAUCACGGAGGAAGGUGUGGAAACGCUGCUCUGCUAUCUGGAGCUGCACCCACAGCGCUUCGUGGAGCUCCUCCACCCCACUCUGUCUGUGUGUAAAGUCAGCUGCUACGAUGGGCCGAGGCAGCUCCAGAAAAUCACAAAAAUUUGCCCUCCGAUCGCUGUGGUGCUGGCCAGGCGGCGAAUGGCGGGCGAGCGGGUGGAGCAGUGUGACCAGCUUGAGUUUGAUGUUGUCGAGGUCGCGGACACUAUGGGAUGGCAGCUCCCUCUCGUGAAGAGAGGACUCAGGCAGCUGCAGUGGAGCACCGAUAGAGCUGGGGGACGUAGCGGUGUCCUCGUCGAAUUCUCCAGUCCUUCGUUCUACUUUCGUUCCUAUGGUGACCUGAGCGAUGAGGAGAUGGACAGAGUCUGUCAGUUCCUCCAUAAACGAGUGCAGGACCAAGAGAGAACGCAGCUGUACCAGCUGACGGCCUGUUUUAAGGCCUUCAAGAGUGUUGCCUACUGCAGCGUAUUGUCCUGUGUAGACGAUCUGGAUGAGAGCCGCAGUUUGCAGUUAAAAAGCCUUCUGUCCGAGUACUUUGAUAAGAGGCGGGACGGAGACCACGCUCUCAAACCUUUUGACCUCGAGGAGCUCGACAAAUAUAAGCUGUUGGACUGGGAGGAUCAAAUCAGAGCCGACAUCAGAAGUUUCCUCUCCAACCGAAGUGACGAGAAGUUUUCUGGAAGGGCUGUCGCUCGUAUCUUCCAUGGCAUAGGCAGUCCGUGUUAUCCGGCUCAAACCUACGGCAAAGACAGACGUUACUGGAGGAAGUACAUCCAGUUUGACUUCAACCAGCUCAUCAGACUGGCUACUCAGGAGAUCAUUCGCUUCAAGUGA